AUGUCGACAACAAUUCAACUAUACGGAGGGAGAAAAAUUGACAUCAAGACAGGAUUAUUCAUCAAUAAUGAGUUUCGGCCAUCAGCCAAUGGCUCAGUUUUGACUACUCCAAAUCCAGCCACAGGAGAGAACUUGGCUACUAUUAGUGCUGCUACGGUUGAAGAUGUAAAUGCCGCCGUGACUGCUGCCAGAACAGCCUUUGAGACGACUUGGGGAAAGAAGAGCACGCCAUCUCAACGUUGUUCUCUCAUUAACAAAUGGGCCGAUUUGAUAGAGGCUAAUAUUGAUUCUCUUGCCGAACUUGAAAGUGUUGACAAUGGAAAGCCAGUUUGGAUGGCUCGUGAUGUCGAUAUUAAGGACAGCAUCGGGUGUCUUCGGUACUAUGCUGGACUUGCAGACAAGAUAGAGGGGCGUACUAUUGAACAAGAAGAUGGAAUAAAAAUAGCUUUUACCAGAGCUGAACCUAUAGGAGUAUGUGGCCAGAUUAUUCCAUGGAAUUAUCCCAUUCAAAUGUUCAUGUGGAAGGUAGCUCCAGCUUUGACUGCUGGAAAUACAGUUGUCAUAAAGCCUGCUGAGCAAACUCCUUUAAGUGCUCUUCGGUUGGCGGAGUUGGCACUUGAAGCAGAAUUUCCUCCUGGAGUCUUGAACGUGGUCAACGGUACUGGAGCCAUUACGGGAGACGCAAUUUCACGUCACAUGGAUAUUGACAAAAUUGCUUUCACCGGAUCAACGGUGACGGGAAGAAAAAUCAUGGGAGCUGCUUCGAAGAGUAACCUCAAGAAGGUUACCCUAGAGCUAGGAGGAAAGUCCCCAGUGGUAGUCUUCGACAGUGUUGAUAUUGACCAAACUGCCAAUUGGGUUUGCAUGGCAAUUCUUUUCAACCACGGGCAGGACUGCUGUGCUGGCUCACGUCUAUUUUGUUCAAGAGACGAUCAAGGAUAA